CUCAUUCGGGUUACAUCAUGGCAUCGUUCUUCACUACCAAUAAUGACCCUCCUCUGGGCGUCGCCCUUCUCCGCGUGUCACCCCUCGUCCUCUCGUCUGCCUCCCUCAUGUUCAGCUGGGCGCAAGACAUUUCGCUCGGCGCCUUCGUGCAUCCCUCACUGCGGCAGGAUCCCGCCCAUCCCAGCGGCCAAAUCCUCCCACGAUUCCUGCCGGCAUUCAUGAAACCGGGGAUUUGGGGCAUUGGAUUAACCUACCCACCAGCCACCGUGCUCUGCCUUGUGAAUGGGUUCAGCGGCCAAAGCUCGGAGAUCCGUCACCUCUACUUCGCCGGGGCCUUGUUCAGCAUCGCUCAUUUCUGCUGGGGGCCGUCCAUGUUCGCCAUUCUGCGACGCAUUCAAGAUCCCACGACCGCGGGGGUCCCGAACGAGAGCGCCCUUGAGACUUGGUUGCCUCGGCAUCGCAGCCGGACGCUCUUAGUCAAUGCGCCGGCGUUUCUGUGCAUUUUGGCGGCCACAGUGGCGACUGUCACGGAGGGGUUGAAGUGAUUAUGUUAUCUCCCUGGUGGACUCCUGCUCGUUAGGAGUCUGGAGUUGGCGGACAGUUGGAAAUCCACGGACAUCAUACAGGAAUAGACUUUCUGUCUCUUCCAUAAUCCCAUUGAUCUUUACCUGUAGAUCCAAUUAUGAAUGAACCCUUUCUCUCGCGAUACUAAACAUCAGAAAGAAUUAGUUUCUUUCAGCCCAACAGCCUCCUUAGCUAGACGAUCUGCGAUAGCAUUCCCGAAAUUAUUACAGUGGCAUAAGAUGGGGCAAUAAGGAUUCUCGCACUAGUACUGUGUCUCUAAAUGAGGGGAAGACAAUAAGCUGCCAAGAGAGAUGUGC